AUGGGUAAGCGAGUGGAUGAUUUAGCGAAACUUAUGCGCACACUUCUUACACCUAAAAUGUUCGAGCUGGAUCCUUCAGUACCACCUUUGGUUUUUAAUGAAAUAAUCUAUGAGGGCAGAGACAAAACAAAUUUGUGUAUAGGAUAUUAUGAAGCUCUAGAUGAUCCAUCUCUUAUUGCUACCGUCCCAAGUAUUCGUAGAGCAAUACGUGAAUCAGUCAGUGUUUUGAAGCGAAAUGGUCACCAAGUCGUGCCUUUCAAUGUACCAAAACCAAAGUGGGCAAAUGAGUUGGGUAUGAAAGCGAUGGCUAUUGAUGAUAAAUAUAAUUUGCUCAGGGAACUGUUUGCGGAGCCAUUGAAUGAGCACACCAAAUGGCUAAAUAUAAUCCCUCGUGUACCACACUGUUUAAAAGUUUUGGUAGAUAACCUCAUGAAACUUGUCAUUGGUAAACCAGCAGCAGUUACUGAAUACUUGGAUGGAGCUAGAGGAGAGAAGGAGGUACUAAAUUUGAUUUCAGAUAUUGAGGAGUAUCGACGUGAGUUUCAGAGAGCUAUGGAAGAAGCUGGUGAUCUUGAUGCAAUCAUCUGUCCAGUGUUUCCAUUUCCAGCCUUCCCUAAGUCAGCUAAAUCCCUCUUCGUUACACCUGCUAUUGCUUAUACAACUUUGUAUAACACGUUAAAUUAUCCUGCUGGAACAGUUUCAAUGGGUCAUGUAAAUAGAGAUGACGUGGAGGAAUCAAAACACUGGCCGAAAACUAUAAGAGAUCUGGAGACCGUUUUCACUCUGAGGUAUUCAAACAUCAAGAGUUAA